AUGGCAGACCCUAAAGUUUUUGCAUUGAUAGAAUGGGAGGAUAACUAUGUUAGCAUAAUAAACAUAGACGCAAUCUGUCAGCCCCGUAAAGAAAUAGAGAAGUACGAAGAGGGAGAGUAUAUAAGGGCCAAAUUCAAGGGAACAAUGUAUUCUGCAGUCAUAGCUGAGAUCAGUGCAUUCUCUUCAAGGAAACGACUCGGACAGUCUAAUAUUAGAUUAAUCCCUGAAAAGACAGCACCAGCUCCGGACUCUGAUGAAACUGAUUCACCACCCGCUACACCACUUAAUACAGGUAAAUCAGAAUUCAGGGAUGUAUUUGUAUUUAAGCGAUUCCCUGUCAAUGAGGUGGACUCUUGUCCUACAACUAAUGUCACGUGGUAUGAAGCUGGUGCCAGAUUAAACUGUUCUCAUGACUUCUUCAACAGACUUCAGUACCUCUGUAUUCCCAAUCAGGAAAAGACAACUCUACUGGAAUUUUGUUAUGACAAGAUUAUGGGUCUUUACGAAAAAGGACACUGCCUACAUUUAUCAACAUCUGGGUUCGUGGACCAAGAGGAUUGUGACUUUUUUAUUGAGGGAUGUCCAAAGACACCUUAUUACAGCAGCACCAUUUUUCAAUUUUUGAAAUGCUUGGAAAUAAACAGAGACCUGAGAUGCUUUUCGGCUGAUCUGGAUUGCUAUACAAGGACUACCUACAACCAGCCAAACAAUUGUAAUGACAUGUCUGGAAACUGCAAUUAUACCCCACUUGAGCCUAAACCUACGGCAGAAGAUAUCAGGAUGAUUAUCAGAGACCUUUUUAAAUUAAUCGUUUUACUUUGUGUUAUCAUCGCUUUUAGUAUAGCUAUUUGCUGUUGGAGAAAAAAUAAUAUGCCAAAGAUCCGUAAGGAAAUAUCUGCAGAGGUUUUCCUAAAAAUAUAUAUUUUUAAAAUUUUCUCAUUAAAAAAAAAACGUAGUUUAAAAAUAAAAUUCAUAACUAAAUAUACGUUUUCAGCAUUUCUGUUUAUGGCAUAAAGUUGUUGAGUCGAAUCAAAUAUACUCAAUCUUCA